GUCGGAAGGAAAAGCUGAGUCGCUGGUCCAGGUCUGCAGCUGGAUGUUUCCCCAGCCGAGCUCGGGGUCUCGCGCGCCUCAGUCCCCGCCCCGCUCCGUCCCGUGGGGGAUUCUGGGAGGCGACGUCGCGGGUCUCGGGUCGCUGGGCGGGUUUCCAGAGUCCGCGGCGCGGGGAGGACUUUGUUCUCCAAAAGAGAAAAUUGAAGAAGGAAGGAGCAAUGGCUGUUGGACUUUGUAAAGCCAUGUCCCAGGGUUUGGUGACCUUCAGGGAUGUGGCUCUAGAUUUUUCCCAAGAGGAAUGGGAAUGGCUGGACUCAUCUCAGAAAGAUUUAUACAGAGAUGUCAUGUUGGAGAACUACAGGAACUUGGUAUGGCUUGGACUCUCCAUCUCUAAGCCCAACAUGAUCUCCUUAUUGGAGCAGGGGAAGGAACCUUGGAUGGUGGAGAGAGAGAUGUCAGAUGGUCAAUAUGCAGACUGGGAGUCUUGGUAUGAAAUCAAGGAAUUAUCUCCAAAAUGGUACAUUGAUGAAGAGGAAAUAUCCAAGCAGAUGGCAAUGGAAAGACUGACAAGUCAUGACCUCAAAUGCUCCAAUGUCAGGGAAGCUUGGAAAUAUGAGGGUGAAUUUGAGCGACAUCAGGGAAAUCAGGAGAGGCAUUUCAGGCAAGUGACAACUCUUCAGGAAAUCUCUGCUGUGAAAAGAGACAAGGAAUAUAAUAAUUCUGAGAGAAGCAUUCUCUUGAAGUCAGUACUUCUAACACAACAAAGAGUUCCCACAGUAGAGCAAGUACAUAAAUUUGAUAUUUAUGAUAAAAUUUUCCCCCCAAAUUCAGUCCUAAUUGAACCGAAAAGACUACAUGCUGAGAAGGAAUCUUUGAUAGGUAACAAAUGUGAGGAAUUUAACCAGAAUACAUACCUUACUAAAGAUAUAGGAAUUCCUCCUGGGGAGAAAUCUUUUGAAAGUAAUGAUUAUUCAAAUCUCUUAAGUUUCCACUCAUUACUUACUCAACAUCAAACAACUCAUUUUGGAAAAUUACCCCAUGGAUACAAUGAAUGUGGUGAUGCCUUUAGCUGUUACUCAUUCUUUACUCAACCUCAGAGAAUUAACAGGAGAGAGAAACCAUAUGCAUGCAACGACUGUGGAAAAGCCUUUAGCCAUGACUUCUUUCUCAGUGAACAUCAGAGAUCUCAUAUUGGAGAGAAGCCGUAUGAAUGUAAGGAAUGUAACAAAGCCUUCAGACAGAGUGCACACCUGGCUCAACAUCAGAGAAUCCACACUGGAGAAAAACCCUUUGCAUGCAAUGAAUGUGGGAAGGCCUUUAGCCGUUAUGCCUUCCUUGUUGAACAUCAGAGAAUCCACACAGGGGAGAAACCGUAUGAAUGUAAAGAAUGUAAUAAAGCCUUCAGACAGAGUGCACACCUUAAUCAACAUCAGAGAAUCCACACUGGAGAGAAACCCUACGAAUGUAAUCAGUGUGGAAAAGCCUUCAGCAGACGCAUAGCCCUUACUCUGCAUCAAAGAAUUCAUACAGGAGAGAAACCCUUUAAAUGUAAUGAAUGUGGGAAGACCUUUGGUUAUCGCUCACACCUUAAUCAACAUCAGAGAAUUCAUACCGGAGAAAAGCCCUAUGAGUGCAUCAAAUGUGGGAAGUUUUUUAGGACUGACUCACAACUUAAUCGACAUCAUAGAAUUCAUACUGGAGAAAGACCUUUUGAAUGCAGUAAAUGUGGGAAAGCCUUCAGUGAUGCGCUUGUUCUAAUUCAUCAUAAGAGAAGUCAUGCAGGAGAGAAACCGUAUGAAUGCAGUAAAUGUGGGAAGGCCUUCAGUUGUGGCUCAUACCUUAAUCAACAUCAGAGAGUUCAUACUGGAGAGAAACCCUAUGAAUGUAAUGAAUGUGGGAAGGCUUUCCAUCAGAUUUUGUCCCUUAGGCUACACCAGAGAAUUCAUGCUGGAGAAAAACCCUAUAACUGUAAUGAAUGUGGGAAUAAUUUUAGCUGUGCCUCAGCCCUUAGACGACAUCAGAAAAUUCAUAAUAGAGAAACUCUCUGAUUAUAACAAGUAUAAAAAAGAAAACAUUCAGUCACCACUCAGUCCUUAUUAAAUAAAUAUCAGCGAAUUCUUUGGUAGUAAUUCUGUGAAUGUAGUACAUACGGAAAAGCCUUCAGUUCAUGAUCAUCCCUUAUUUGAAAUAGCCUGGGUAGUAGACCUCUGUUCUUUUUGAUCUGUUCUAUACCCCAUUUGAGACUUACCCCACCCUCAAUGAAUAUGUUGCUAAUGAAACUAUUAAUCAGGGAGAGCAGUGGAUUGGUCAUAAGCUGGCCAAUUAUUUUCCUCCUAAUGAUUAAUAAGAGAUUGGCAAAUGGCUCUAUCUGGACCAGUAGAGCCCUAUGAAGGUAUUGU